AACGACGCAGUUUGACGGUAUCGCCGGCUGAUGUUUCUAAGCGAGAAACUGCGUAUUUAUUACCAUUACGGCACAUAACACUGUUGCAGUUGUGUAUUUAUGCUAAUCUCUAAAGAACUGAUAGGUGUAACAUCUCCCAAUGUAGUUAGGUCAGGGUGUGUUUGUGCAGUUGCAUACAUAUACAUGUUUUUAAUGGCUGCUGCACGUCUGCGUAUUGCACAUUCUCAGGAGUCCCUCGGCGGCGGGGUGUUCGGGUCUGUGGGGACGUCGGGGGAGGGUGGGGAGCGGCGCGAGGGGGGCAAGCGCGGGCGCAGGCCCGGCAGGAAGGCCCAGCUGGACAAGCAAGAUAUGAAGGCGAAGCUGGAACGCAGCCGUCAGUCGGCGCGUGAGUGCCGCGCCCGUAAGAAGCUCCGCUACCAGUACCUCGAGGAGCUGGUGGCUGACCGCGAGCGCGCCGUGCUGACUCUCAGGAAGGAGCUUGAUAAGUUUUACAAAUGGAACCUGGAGUUAGACCAGGGCCGCAUCCCAGAGGGCAUGGACGCCAUGCUGCAAGAGAUGGGAGUGAUCAAGCAGGAGGAGGUCAAGCCUUUCUAAUUACCCCUCACCCCUCUCCCCCAUCCUCCCCUGCAGUACAACCCUUGACCACACUCUUCUACCCUCAAAAAAUUAUAUACCUUUUGUAUGUCCAGUCAAAAUAUCAUCCUAACAAUUAUUUUUUCUAAAAAUUCUACUAUUGAAUUGUUAUUUUUAUAACUAUUAUCACUUCUUGAUAUUGUACGCGUAUACAUAACUUUAAUAUAAAAUACACACGUAAGUAGUAACUUUUCUCUAUUGGUGUUUAAAUUACUCGGAUAUUAUCGAUGUUAAUGUUAAAAGGUAUAAUCGUAAUAUUAAGUAAUCGUAACUUUUUUUAGGCUAAGUUUAGAUAGGCAUUUUAAUGUGUAAAUAUUGCCUAACAUUGAAGUAACAAGUACCAGAAAUUGAAUAUGUAUGAGAUAAUAAUAUAUUUAACAUAUAAUUGGGUAUUUGCUACCACUCCCAAAUAAUUCUAAAGCACAAAUUUUUUUAAUUAAAAAGGCACUUAAUGCUUUUCUUAAAAACUUAAUUAAUUUUAAAUUACCUGUAAAUUAAGAUUUUUGGUUGCAUUGUAAUUGGAAAAAGUAGUUUAAUUGAGUUGACAAAAUAGGUAGUGACGUCACUGGCUAGUAUUGCCAUACAAAAUCUAUGGGAUUCUCGGCCUUUUGGCUAAGAUCAAAGUGUAGUGGAGUCUGGUUUUGACAGUUUUAAAAAGUACGUCAAUUGAUUGGUAGUGGCAAAUACCCAAAUGUGUAAUUUCUAUAAAAGUUAAAGUAUUCCUAACGGAAUUGAGUUUACAUUAAAAUAACAUCUAAAAUAUUUUUCUAUUGCGUGCGAUUCUAAACUUUUAUGUUGUUUAUAAUUUUUAAUUCAUAUUUUUUGAUAAAUAACUAGCCGUUUUUGGCAAAGCUUGUUGAUAUAAUAUUUUUUUACGCAUCUUUGUAUAAUAUUUGCAAACAAUUCACUAAAAAUCCACUAUCAUAUAAGAAAUACUUCGCAGCGUACUCCAAUUUAAUGUAUUAAAUAAAAACUAAAUAUAAAAGAAGAAUUCGGAAUUAGUGUCCGACCGAAUGUUCGGUUUCGGUUUCGUUUUCGGUUGAGUUUCGGUAAAAACACGAGUUUCGGUUUAGUUUCGUUUUCGGCGGCAAACUUGCCGAAACUACGACCGAAACCGAAUGUGCAUUCGGGAGUUUCCGCACUGUUAUCGGUCAUGUUCGGCGCGUUGAAUGAGUGAAUGAAUCCGAUCAGAGCCAAUGUCGUGAUUCGCUCGCUUGUUUGUUUGCUGUUAGUUUUGUUUUGUUGUGGUGGCGAGUUUUCGAGUGAUUUAUUUUGAAUUUAUUUGGUAAGUUUUAUCUCGUUUUAUGACGUUAUAACAUAAGAGCGGGUGUAAACAUAAAAAAAAAAAUUCAACAUGACUGAUAAAAGUAUAAUCAAGUUUAAUCUAACCUGUAAUUUUUUUUUGGUUCGUAAAUGCUAUACGUAAACAAACAUUAGUUAAGUACCAGUUAGUAAUGACUGUAGUGCAUUUCAUGGUGAUAAUAUUAUGGAUUCAGAGUUUCAAAGUUCAUUUUAGUAUUUAUCACCAAGAUAUCAAGUGGCAAGUACAGUAGAUACUAACUUACGUACUACCAAUUUUGUUUUGUUAAGGUAAAAGACCCGACCAUGGGACGGGUUAUGUAGAUUUUGUAGAUGUCCUGAAUAUUGCGAGUAAUUAAAAAAAAUCUAGACUAUAUAAUUUGAUACCUUUUAGAGUAAAAAGGCACUUUUUAAGUUCAAUUUUAAUGCAAUUUAAAGAGAAAACCAUAAAGACUGACUGAUUAUAAUAACGUUUUCUUUAUUUUUUGCUCAAAAUAUGAGCCUUGUAAGGAAGUUUCGGUUUCGGUUUCGGUUUCGGCCGAAAUAGACACCGUUGCCGAAAUUCGUUUUCGGUUUCGGUUUCGGUCGUAAAAGUAGUUUCGGUCGGACACUAUUCGGAAUGAUACUUUCAAAUUAGUUUUCUUAACUUUUUGUUCAAUAAUAAUUAUUAAUAAUAACACUACAGCACUAUUUAUUAUAAUGAGUAUUUAUAAAUUAGGCUAACACUUAGUAUAAUUAGUUAUAUCUUUUAAAGCUAAACUUAAAUUAACUUUUUAUUAUAUCGAAGUCAUCCAAGAUGGACUCGUCAACGGAGUGAUAAAAAUUAGCUUCUUUUAAUAUAGAUUCGCCUUAAUGUUAUUUAAUUAAUAAGCCUAUAUAACUAUUGAUCUGAUUCUUAAUAUAUCUACAAACCCAAGUAAAUCCAAAUAGGUAUGUAAUAUUUUACAAUAACAUUUGAGCAGUCAAUUAUCUCAAAAAAAUCUUUACACUUCAUCGAAAAAAAUAACUAAAUAGAUAAAAAUAAAUCAAUCGAUAGUUAUUAUGGCGGUAUUGUGACGAUUUCAUCGUGAUUUAUUUAUGUGAAUUUAUUCUUCAAUUUAUUCAGAAAACAAAAUAUAGUUUUUGUGAAGAUUCACUUUAGCUUCUGGAAUAAAAUAUGAGUUUAUGCUUUAUUGGUAUGUAACUAGCGGCCGCCCGCGACUUCGUAUGCGUGAACGCCUUUUCCCAUUUUACCCCCUUUUUUAAUUUUGCAAAAUCCCGUCUUAAUGAGCACCUACGUUCUAAUCUUGGGAUUCCUCCCCAUGCAAAAUUUGAGACUCCUAGCACUUGUAGUUUCUGAGAUUUCGUGAUGAGUGAGUCACUGACCUUUCCUUUUAUUUAUAUAGAUUUUUUUCCAAAUAGGUAAGUCGCGAAUAAAUCGUCAGUUAAGUUUUUUCUUAAUUUUUUAUUAUUAUAACUUGAAAUAAGUAUAUGUAAUUAUAAUUGCGAAGACCUGGCAAGAGCGACCCACUAAGGUUACGAAUUUAAAAAAUUUAGAUGUAGGUCUUAAGCCAACGUAUCGGUGCGAAAUAAGUACUUGUAUAUUUGAAUAUUUUCUGAAAUAAUACUGUUUCCGAAUAUACGUUCAGGCCCAAAAAUAAAACAUACUUUUAACUUACACAAUUUCACUAUGCGACUCAAUAAUGCUUAAUUAUAUUUUCCUUUUUUAACUGAAAAAUAGUUUGUUUGAUCGAGGUAUCGACCUAAUUUGCAAUAGAGAAAACUUACAAUAAUUGGUAUUAAAUACCUUAAAUUAGUUUUUAUUUUAGUUCUUAUUUGUAUGAGUUGCACUUCCUGCGUUCAAUUAUUAGUUUUAGUUCGGUUUUUAAAAAAAUAAUUUCAUUUAUUUUACGUGGCUAAUAGUCGUUACAGUUAAACUGCUUUUUAGGUUUUAAGUUUUAGAUAUUUAAAAUGAUUUAAAUAAUGUAAAACAUUAUACUUCCAGAUGUAAGUUUUUAUCGUCAUUGCAUAUUAUUUUUGUCGGCAAUCCGCCUUAUUAUACUAACGUUUUUAAUUCAUUUUUCAAUCGUUAAGUUUUAUUUGCAAAAGAUUUGACAUGUUGAUAUUUAAUUUUCAAAAAAUGUUUUAUGGUUUUAUAUAAUUUAUUUAUAUUACGUCAAGCUUAACAUAGGUCUCCUCUCGUAUAAUUUCGAAUAGCUUUUAUUUUGUGUUUGGUGUUUUAAUAAUUAUAAUAUUUUCGCGUUGUAUUUCUUAAUGUUUAUUUUGUCUUAUGAUAUUAUUGUGUGAAAAGAUAAUUUUGGUAGUUGCCAUUAGGCGGUAGAUUUGGACUGGAUGGGGCGAAUGGGGUAAAUUGAACUGAAAAGUAUCAAUUUAUACCCUGUAAGACUGUAUAAGGUUAUAUUAUAUUUUAAUAAUGAUUUUAUUCACUUAUGAAAUAUAAUGUAACCUGAUAUUUCAUAAUACUAAUUACAACCAUAAGAAAAUCCACCUCAAUUUAGAAUUUAAUGCUAGUUACGUUUUAAGUAUAUUUUGUAAGGUACCGGAAUUUCAAUCGUUAUUUGUAUAUUGUAAAUUUUAAUUGAAUAAAGUUUUUUAUUUUA